CUCGAGUUUAGUAUCUCUCACACUUCGCUCACUCAAUUACAUUAUCUCUCAAAACUCUCUACGCAAGCAACAAUGUCGAGAACAGCUUUGCUUUUUGCGCUCUCUGUAAUCCUCCCUGCGCUUAUGGUUAGCGCCGGCCGCCCGACCAGAAACCCCUUCAUAGUGAAAGGGAAAGUUUACUGCGACACCUGCCGCGCCGGUUUCGAGACCUCCGCCACCACCUACAUUCCGGGUGCCAAGGUUAGGGUGGAAUGUAAAGACCGAAAAUCAAUGCAACUUGUAUACAGCAAGGAGGGGACAACCGACUCCACUGGAACCUAUAGCAUCUUGGUCACCGAAGACCAUGAGGACCAGCUUUGUGAUGCCAUGCUCGUUAGCAGCCCCCAGCACGGCUGUGCAACAGCAUCCCCAGGGCGUGACCGUGCCCGCGUCAUCCUCACCGGCUACAAUGGUAUGGCUUCCAACAAUCGUUUUGUCAAUGCAAUGGGCUUCACAAAGGAGAGAGCCUUGUCUGGAUGUGCCGAGGUUCUCAAGCAAUAUCAGGAGGAUGAUGAGUAGAUCUGUUUCAAGUUCCUCAGUGUAGUUAUUUUGCCAUGCUUCUUCUAGUAUGUAUUUACUUGUAUCUUGAUGGAUUGCUUUCACGAUACCUAGUGUGAGUUCAUUAUCUUCGUUGAUUGGACCCUACCGCCACUUAAAUUAUGCUUGGAUUCUUUAACUUUAUGAAGUGUUGUGAUUUGUUGCUAA